AUGGCGCCAAGUAUCAGUUCUACCACAAUUGCCAAUGGCGAAGAUUCCGUUCUCACGGAAAUAGCUGCUGUGGGAAAUGGAAUCAAGACUCACUCUCAACCCCCAUAUGCAGUGCUGGAUCAGCCGCUUGGGACAAAGCGACAUGUCCGGAUUAUAUGCAUUGGGGCUGGUGCCAGUGGGAUCAACAUGGCCUACCAGACUAAGAACUUCCUUCAAGACGUGGAUCUGGUUAUAUACGAGAAAAAUCCACAAAUAGGUGGUACUUGGUACGAAAACCGGUACCCAGGCUGCAAGUGUGAUAUCCCAUCCCACAACUAUCAAUUUACUUGGGAGCCAAACCCAAAUUGGUCACAGGUCUUCUCGCCCAGUGAAGAAAUCGAAGAAUACCUGGAACACUGUGUCAAAAAGCAUGGUCUUUCCCGGUAUAUUCGGUGUAGCCACCGCGUGGUAGGCGCAGUGUGGAAUAAUGAGAAGUCAAUUUGGGGCCUGCAAAUUGAGAAUACCGAGAGCAAGGUUGUCCAUGAAGACUGGUGUGGCUUUCUUCUCAAUGCCGGUGGCAUCUUGAACAACUGGAAAUGGCCCGAUAUCCCAGGCCUGCACUCUUUUGGAGGAAAUCUCAUCCACAGCGCCAACUGGCCUGAAUCGGCCAAUCUAAAAGGAAAAACAGUCGCUGUCAUCGGCAAUGGAUCGACUGGAAUCCAGAUCGUUCCCGCCAUUCAGCCAGAGGUUAAAGAAUUGGUACAUCUCAUUCGGUCGCCGACAUGGGUUACCCCUGGAGCAGCCUCUCGAUAUCCAUCGCUAGGAGGGGCCGAAAUGCCUGACAUAUUUUCUGAAAAGCAGAAGGAGAUCUUUCGUACCGACGAUACGACCUAUACAGCUUUCCGCAAGCAGGUUGAGCGCGAGAUUAACAGCAAGUUUCGUAUGCUGGUCAAUGGAGGCGAGCUAGCAGAGAAGGCUAGGAAGAAUGCCUAUGAAAGUAUGAUCACCCUACUCGGGGAGCGAGCCGCUGACCUGGGACAUAAAAUUAUCCCGGACUUCGCAGUCGGAUGCCGUCGAAUUACUCCUGGUGUGGGAUACUUAGAGAGCUUCUCAAAGCCCAAUGUCCGUGUUGUGACAGGCACGAGCAUCAAGCGCAUCGAACCUAACGGCUUGGUCAUGUCAGAUGGAGAACUCAUUGAGGUCGAUGUCCUGAUCUGUGCUACCGGAUUCGACGUUUCCUUCGCCCCUCGGUUCCCCAUUAUCGGCCGCAACGGAGUCAGCUUAGCGGAUACUUGGGGAGAGCCAAAAGUGGCACGAGCUUACCUCUCACUUGCGGUCCCCGAGUUUCCCAACUUUUUCAGUAUAUCCUUCCUUGACAUCCUAUCAUCUAGAUUGAAAAAAAAGCUAACUUGUACAGUGUUCCUAGGCCCCAAUGCCCCGAUCUCCCACGGCAGUGUAUUCACCAUCACUGAAUAUGUGUCGAAGUACAUCAUGCAACUGAUUACAAAGGCUCAAGUGGAGAUGAUCAAGACAAUUCAUGUCAAGCAGCAAGCAGUAGAUGAUUUUUCUGCCCACGUGGAUUCAUUUAUGCCCCGGACAGCUUGGGGAGGAAAUUGUCGGUCUUGGUUUAAGCGUGGACAUGCAGAUGGGCCUGUCACGGGCGUCCAUCCGGGAAGCCGUGUGCACUGGUUUCACGCCAUGGAACGCCCCAAGUUCGAGGAUUUUGACUAUGAAUACCUGAACGGAAAUCGCUUCCAGUACCUGGGAAAUGGCUUUUCGACGAGAGAAGAGCCUGGGUGUGACAGCACAUGGUACCUGGAUGAGAUGGCGCCGCGAUUCUUGUAUUAUUAG